ACGAUUUGCGAUUCAGAUGAACAGACGAAGUUGAGGUCACGGUAUAAUCUGUUUAAAACAACGGAAAAGUUUUACAUACACGAAAACGUAGAUAUAUACAUCAGGCCGCAGUGCAUAUAAAAGGGAAACCAGUUUUGUUGCUGUUUAUCCUUAGUGGUUCUUAGUCUUCGCUUGUUCAGUGUGCUGAUCGCGCAUAAAAGCACACAGCCAUGGAGACGGAGACAGCGACAACCAUGUACACUUAUGUGCAAUCGGCACUUUUCUAUUCAUCCUUAUCGCUUGCGACCGUUUUGGCCGCGCUUUACUUCUACUCGGAGAAUUUGCGUAGCGUGAAGAUGGGAAACAAACUUCCAGGACCGAAGAAGUUGCCAAUCAUAGGGAACGCGUUGCUGACAGUGGGUGUGAAUCCGAAUCAAGUUUUGGACAAAGUUCUUGAAUAUGACGUUUACGGGCCGGUCGUUCGAGCUUUUCUGGGUUGGAAGUUAAUCGUCUUUCUGUACCAUCCCGCUGAUGUUGAGAUCAUCCUCAACAGCUCGGUGCACAUCGACAAGUCACCAGAAUACAGAUACUUCGAACCGUGGUUGGGUAAUGGUUUACUGAUUAACACCGGUGAUAAAUGGAGGAGGCAUAGAAAAAUCAUUGCACCCACGUUCCAUCAGUCUGUACUGAAAGGGUUCGUACCGCUGUUCUUCGAGAACAGCCGCGACUUGGUGCAUCGUUUGAAGGAACAAGUAGGAAAAGAGUUCGACGUGCACGACUAUCUGGCGUCGGUCACCGUAGACAUUCUGUUGAGCACAGCGAUGGGCGCGAAAUGGAGAACCGGACCUGACAGAUACAAGUCUAGCCACGAUUACGCCAUGGCUGUGAUGAAACUGUGCGACAUCAUUCACCAACGCCAGUACAAGCCCGACCUGCGUUACGACUUGGUGUUCAAUCUCUCGAGUACGGCCAAGGAGCAGACUAAGCUGCUGGACAUCAUUCACGGCCUGUCGACGAGCGUGGUCAACAGGAGGAAGGCGGAAGUGAAGGAAAUUGGAAUCGAAUCGCAGAAGCAGAAGCAGACAACGGAGAAAGUCGAGACUAACGUGUCCGAGAAGGAUAGGAGCACUGGACAAUUGCACUACGUCAAGGACGAUUUGGAUGAGCUGGAUAACGACAUCGGCGAGAAGAGAAGGCUCGCAUUUUUGGAUCAGAUGCUCGACCUCUGGAGGAAUGGCACGAAGAUGACCGAGGAGGAAAUCCAAGAAGAAGUAGACACCAUAUUGUUCGAGGGACACGACACCACCUCCGCAGGAUCCAGUUUUGUCCUCUGCAUUCUUGGAGUCCAUCAAGACGUUCAAGCCAAGAUUCAUGAAGAAAUGGACAGAAUUUUCAAGGGCUCGAACAGACCUUGCACGUUUGAGGACACCUUGGACAUGAAGUACCUCGAGAGAGUGAUUUUGGAAACCUUGAGACUGUACCCACCAGUGCCAGCAAUCGCUAGGAUGAUCAACGAGGACGUGAAAAUAGUGACUGGAAACCAUGUUAUUCCAAAGGGUACUACGGUCCUGAUUUCGCCGUUCAAGAUCCAUCGAUUGGAAGAGUUUUACCCGAACGCCGAGAAAUUUAAUCCUGACAAUUUCCUGCCAGAGAAAAUGCAAAACAGGCACUACUACUCCUUCAUUCCGUUCAGCGCUGGCCCCAGGUCGUGCGUGGGAAGGAAAUACGCAAUGCUGAAGUUGAAGGUCUUAUUGUCGACCGUCUUGCGGAACUACAGAAUCCUGUCGGACCUCACAGAAAAGGACUUCCGGUUGAGGGCCGACAUUAUCCUGAAAAGGGCGGACGGCUUCCGAGUUAAAAUCGAACCGCGAAACAAUGCCCCAGAGAUCCGUGUUUAAACUUAAUGUGAUCUCACUUAGACGACUUAUGAUAAAAUACCAAAUAAUUUUAAUUAUGUACAAUAAAUUAUACAACGACAAUUAUAA